GAUACUGCUGAUAAUUGACAUGCAUUUAGCUGCAAUGAAGGUUAAAAAAAUAAAUCAGGUUGCAUGUGUUAUUUGGUAAAAAAAUGUAAAUUUAUAAUUUUCUCAUUUUAUAAAUUAUUAGGACUACAUGAUAUAACUGGGAUUUAAAAGGUUAAAAUAUAGAGUUUGAAUCAAAUUUUGGUUCUAAUGACAAGGACCGAUGCUAAUUUAAAAAAUCAAGUUGUGAAAGUGUGAAAAUUGGUUAAAAAAUGUUAAUUUUAGAACAUUUUUUGAAUAUAAACAUGAGGUGGCAAUUUUUGGCCACGAACAAGCUGAAAGGGAGUUUCUUCAAUUUUGCCUUCCCUGCAAAAAAAUAUUAAUGCAUAAUAAUCAGUGUUCUUAUUAAUCAGUUACAUAUCUCAGGCUGUACUUUUGAUAAUACAAGAGAAUCCCAUAGCACUGCGAAUAUAUGAAGUACUCAGUUUUGAGGUAAUUUGCCAACAAGUGCAUUGUUCAAACAAGCUGGCAUUUGAAGGGUUAAUAAAUAAAAAAGGAAUGAACAUUUUACAUUUACGUGAAGAACUGAUGUUAGUUAAGAACGUUAUGCAAAAAAAAAAUCAAAAAACAAGAAAAAAGUAAAAAAUUAUGCCCUCUGUUUGUUAGUGGCCAUUUUUGGCCACGAACAAGCUGAAAGGGUAGUAAAAACGAACAAGUUCAGAGGGUUAAAUGGCUGGAGAGUCCUACAGGAGAGGUAAUGCGCCAUCCUGGAUGGCAGCUGACUUUACACACCGACGAGAAGAAGAAGUUUCUUCUUCCUUCCGGUGGCCCGGUAGCCCCACUCCCUUCUGGUCCUAUACCGUCGGGCUUGACAGUGGGAGCGUAAUGGCGGCGCACCGGGGACCCUCUACUAAAUGGCUCUUCACCCGGGAGCAGCUCGAAAAUACGCCGUCUCGACGCUGCGGAAUUGAGCCCGACAGAGAGCUUUCUUACCGACAGCAGGCCGCCAACUUAAUUCAAGAAAUAGGCCAGAGACUCAACGUCUCUCAACUAAUUAUCAACACUGCUAUAGUUUAUAUGCACAGGUUUUAUAUGAUCCACUCCUUCACCAAAUUCCAUAGAAAUAUGAUUUCCCAGACUACGUUGUUCCUGGCAGCUAAAGUUGAGGAGCAGCCCAGGAAGCUGGAGCAUGUCAUUAAAAUAGCCCAUGCCUGGAUUAACCCACAAGAGCCUGCCCUAGACACUAAAAGCAAUGCAUUCCAGCAGCAGGCACAAGAGCUUGUAGCACUGGAAACAAUAGUACUGCAAACUCUGGGUUUUGAAAUAACAGUUGAUCAUCCGCACACAGAUGUCGUGCGAUGUUCCCAGCUAGUGCGAGCAAGCAAGGAUUUGGCACAGACUUCCUAUUAUAUGGCUACCAACAGUUUGCAUCUCACCACCUUCUGCCUACAGUACAGGCCCACAGUUGUUGCAUGUGUGUGCAUCCACCUGGCCUGUAAGUGGUCCAAAUGGGAGAUCCCCGUGUCUACAGAUGGCAAACACUGGUGGGAGUAUGUGGACCGUACAGUAACGUUACAGCUGCUUGACGAGCUCACCCAUGAGUUUCUUCAAAUCCUGGAGAAAACACCCAGCAAGCUGAAGAGGAUACGAAACUGGAGGGCAAUUCAAGCUGCUAAAAAGCCAAAGACAGAGGGUCCAACUGUGGACAGUGCCUUCCAGGGGACAUCCUUAGAAAGUCUUCCUGGUGUCACCAACUCCUUCUUCCCCUCCACCUCAGUGUCCGACUCUAUGGACAUGCCUACCCUAAAUACCAUCGCAGCGCCAUACGCCUCAUACCAGCCACUGAGUGACCAAUCAAAGGCUUGUAGCUACGACCAGUUCUCCCAGCCUCCCCACUCAGACUUCACCGUGGUGAAACACAAACACAAAGCUGCAGGCGGGUCUAGCAGUGAGCACCAGCAGCUCGGUGUGAAUGCUGCAGCAUUUUCACGCCCACAGAAAGUCUUGACUCUGGAAAAGUACAGAGAGAAACACGCGGCCGAGCUGGCCUUGCAGAACGGUGUAAAGGAGGAGCCGAGCACAGAUGUGUACACUCCCCCAGCUUCCUCCUCUCACCACCACAAGAAACGUCCUCUGCCACAGCAGGCCAGCCAGCUGGGUGACAGGAAAGAAAAGCCUAGCUCUAAAAAGCCUCGCCUCUCCUCCUCGUACACGGAGAACGGCUCGGCCGCUAGCGAGGAGCUCAAAAUGCGGAUCAAAGUUUCAUCAGAGCGCCACGGUGGCUCAGAGCAGGGCGGGGCGCUGCCUGGCAAAGACAAACACAGGGAGCACGGUGGCCACCGCCACUCGAAACACAGCCACUCACACUCAUACUCCCUCAGCACCAACAACAGGGGGCCAAUGGACAACUCUUCCUUAUCUGCCCGGGCUCCCAGCAACCACUGCAGUGACGGGAGUUCCUCUGGCUCGUCUCGUAAGAGACCUCACCCUGAUGGUGGCAGCCACAAUCACAACCACCAUCACCACCACCACCACCACCAUCACCACCACCACCACCCAUCUAAGAGCAGCAGGUCAUCUAAAGGAGGCCUGAGCUCGUCCCAUUACUCGGACAGCAACCAGAGGGUGAUGGAGCACCAUGGCCAUGAUGGAACCAACGGCAUGCUGACAUCCAAUGGCCAGCACACUGACUACAAAGACACUUUUGACAUGCUGGACUCUUUACUAAGUGCCCAAGGAAUGAGCUUGUAACCCUGAGAGUCCCCAGUGUUGUCUACAAGAAAGUAUUACCAUGUUUAUUAGAACUGUUGAAAAUGAAUUUAUUUGUCUUAAGUUAUCUGAAUUCUGCAUCACCCUCAGUUGUGUCUACACACUGAUUAUUGAUGAUUCUCAUCAAACUGUCAAAUGUAAAACUAUAUGCACAGAGCUGUGUACUAUGAGCUUGUAACACAAAAAAUUUAUGAGAAGUUUUUGGGAUGUGGAUGGUGGUUUUAAAUGUUCUUAACUUGAGCUGACAUCUGUUUUAAAUGUGGCUGUUUUCAGUCACCAAAGGGAAGAAGAGUUUGUCCAUUGACAAUUUACGGUUCAUGUUUUUUGUCCCCCCCCCC